AUGACUACAAGAACUCGCUCUCCGGGCUUCGGCGACACCACGAGCAUCAACCUAAAUCGCUUGUUGUCCAGAUUAGACCGUUUAGUACUGGUCGACCCGUCACCGCAGUUGCGAAAGUCCACCUACGAGCGCGCACGUGUGAGCGCGAACAUUGAACAUGCCCGCACCCUACUCCUCAGCCUCGAACACUCUGCCUCUACGAUACCCUCCAAGUCGAAGAAAGCCGAACUACAAAACGACCUACAACAGAAACGAGAACUCAUAAAGCAACUCAACCAACGGAUAUACGAGCUUAAUCAGCUAGAUGACACGGAGUCAGAGGGAUCGGUAGACUCCGAUGAAGAAGACGCGGAUCAGUUCCCCUCGUAUGCACCGAGAGUGAAGACGGAAGCCGGGCGCGAUGUGUCGACAUCUACAGAAGGCAACGAAGCAUUUCAGAAUGCAGCACAAGGCAUCGCGUCAGAGCUGCGCCGACGAGGCAAGCCGGAGGCGAACGCAGCAGGGACUCAAUCUGCAUCCGGCAAUUCUUUGUUUCCGUCCAAAUCUACCUCAAAUACAGCCGACCCUUCGCUCGCAAAAACAGAGGCGCUCCUCUCCCACGAACGCAACGAACAAGAAGAGCUCACGACGGACUUGCUAGAUAUGGCAAGACAGUUGAAAGAGCAGUCAAUACACUUUGGAAACACGCUCGAAGGGGACAAAGGCGUGGUGGAUCGCGCACUUGCAGGGCUAGACAAGAACACGUUGAACAUGGAUGCUGCUAGCAGGAGAAUGGGUGCCCUGCGGCGGAUGACUGAAGGCAAGGGUUGGUGGGACAGGAUCAAGCUGUACGGCAUGAUCGCUGGGCUAUGGGUGAUCGCCUUCCUGAUCGUCUUCGUUGGGCCGAAGAUUCGUUUCUAG